AAACCACAACUCGAAUAAAACCCACUCAACUCAAGUCAUCCACUCUUUACCAUUCCCCUGUUUUCCCCUUUCCAUUUCUCCCUUUCUCUCUCCUCUGUUAAAAUACAGAGAAGAAGAGGCAGAGCAAAUUAUAAAAAUAAAGGGAAAUUAACCACCUCUUUUAUUCUUUGUUGAAGAACAUACCCAAAUCUGAUCACUACCCAUUUUUUCUCUCUCUUUAAUGGAGGAAGCCCACUAAAUAGAAUCUCAUUUUUUUUCCCAAUUUUGUUUUAAUAAUGGGUUCUUCUUCAUUUAUUGCAGCAGAGCAUACAAACCCAGAAGUUUUUCCAUGGCUGAAAACCCUACCUUUAGCACCAGAAUAUUACCCAACAAUUCAAGAGUUUCAAGAUCCAAUUUCCUACAUAUAUAAGAUUGAAAAAGAAGCUUCCAAAUAUGGGAUUUGUAAGAUAGUCCCUCCUGUACCUCCUCCAUCGAAAAAAUCAGUAGUAUCUAAUUUUAAUCAGUCUUUAUCAUUGUCUUCUUCAAAUAGUCAAAACCCUAAAUCACAACCUACAUUUACUACUAGACAGCAACAAAUAGGGUUUUGUCCAAGAAAACAAAGACCCAUUCAGAAAUCAGUUUGGCAGAGUGGUGAGUAUUAUACCCUCCAACAAUUUGAAGCUAAAGCUAAGAACUUUGAGAAAAAUUACUUGAAAAAAUGCUCAAAGAAGGCACUUUCUGCAUUGGAAAUUGAAACCCUUUAUUGGAAAGCAAAUGGGGAUAGACCCUUUUCAGUUGAGUAUGCAAACGACAUGCCUGGCUCUGCUUUUGUGCCCUUGAAAGAUAAAAGAACAGGGGAUUCUGUUGUUGUUGUUGCAGGAAAUGUUGGGGAUACUGCUUGGAAUAUGAGGGGUGUUGCAAGGGCUAAUGGGUCUUUGUUAAGGUUUAUGAAGGAAGAGAUUCCUGGUGUUACUUCUCCUAUGGUUUAUGUUGCUAUGCUGUUUAGUUGGUUUGCUUGGCAUGUUGAAGAUCAUGACUUGCAUAGCUUGAAUUUUUUGCAUUAUGGUGCUGGUAAGACAUGGUAUGGUGUCCCAAAAGAUGCAGCCGCCGCAUUUGAGGAGGUAAUCAGAGUUUAUGGUUUUGGUGAAGAGAUUAAUCAUCUAGUUACCUUUGCAACACUCGGUGAGAAAACUACUGUGAUGUCCCCUGAAGUACUUGUUAAUGCAGGGGUUCCCUGUUGCAGGUUAGUACAAAACGCCGGGGAGUUUGUCGUUACAUUCCCAAGAGCUUACCAUUCUGGCUUCAGUCACGGGUUCAACUGUGGAGAAGCAUCAAAUAUUGCCACCCCCGAAUGGCUGAGAUUUGCAAAAGAUGCUGCUAUUCGUAGAGCCUCAAUAAACUAUCCUCCAAUGGUUUCUCACUUUCAGUUGCUGUACGAUCUUGCUUUGGCAAUAUGUUCAAGGGUGCCAAUGGGGAUUAAAACUGAACCUCGAAGUUCUCGCUUAAAAGAUAAAAAGAAGGGUGAAGGUGAAAUGCUGGUUAAACAGAUGUUUGUGCAAGACGUAAUGCAGAAUAACGAGCUUUUUCACACUCUUGGACAAGGAUCCGAAGUGGUACUUCUCCCUCACAAUUCAUCUGAAAAAUUUGUUUGGUCCAAUUUGCGUGUUGGAUCCAAGUAUAAAGUGAAACCCGGGUUGCCUUUUAGCUUAUACAGUUCCGAAGAAUCUAUAAAAGCUUCUGAUGACAUUAUGUUAGCUAGAGACGGUAACCAACGGAAUACCUUAUAUUCUACCAAAACUAAGCCUGGUGGCUCUCUGUCCACUUCGCCGCAUAAUAUCCAAGACUCGGAAAAUGAAAAGGGGAGAAGUGCAGCUGGAGAUGGAUUAUUAGAACGCGGACUGUUUUCAUGUGUCAAAUGUGGGAUUUGGACUUUUGCAUGUGUUGCCAUUGUUCAACCUACCGAAUCAGCCGCUCAGUACCUGAUGUCAGCAGAUUGUAAUUCCUUAAAUGAUUGGGUUGCUGCUUCUGGAGUAUCAAGUCAAGUAAUGGAGGCUGCUGACGGUGAAGCAAAUACUACAGAGCCAGAUUCUUUUUCGGGAUCCUUGGAAAAAAAUGCUCUUGACAGCUUGUAUGAUUUCUCUGUCCAUUCGGGUAAUUACCAAGCUCACAGCAUGGAUAACACCUCGGAGAUGAAGUCAAAUACCGCAAUUGUAAAAGAUGCUUUAUUUACUGAAAAUAAGGUAGAAUCAUCUGCUCUCGGCCUAUUGGCUUUGACAUAUGGAAAUUCUUCCGACUCUGAUGAAGAUGAUGUUCAGCCCAAUAGUCCUGUUGUUUCUGAGGGUAAUCUGUCCGGAGAUGGUUCAUGGGAUAAUAGAAUUCACCAAGAUGAUACUGCAUCACCAAAUUUCGAGCAAGGCUAUGAUAGUGGUGUAGAAAGGGGACGAAGCCAGAUUUCUUCUCGAUCGGAGUGUGUCGAUGAGGAUUUUCCCCAAAGGUUUGAUAUUUAUGAGGACUGUGGCCAUAGAAGAUCGAAUAGCGGCGAUAAUGAGUAUGAGACUCACAACUGCUCUGCCAAAUUUGCGGAGGAAGAUACGUUGACUUCAGAGCAAAAUUAUUCACCUAUUGCCGAUGAUCAUGAUGAUCUGGUGAGCAAGCCGCAGCUUUCUUAUGCUCGUAGAUAUGAUGAAGAUUCUUCAAGGAUGCAUGUUUUUUGUCUUGAGCAUGCUGUUGAGGUUGAGAAACAACUCAGACCAAUCGGCGGAGUGCAUAUAUUACUCCUUUGUCAUCCAGACUAUCCGAAUGUAGAAGUUGAAGCGAAGAAAGUAGCGGAAGAGUUGGAAAUGAAUUAUGUUUGGAAAGAUAUUGCGUUUUCCGAGGCCACAAAAGACGAUGAGGAGCGGAUUCAUAUGGCAUUGCAGAGUGAGGAGGCCACUCCAAAAAACGGGGACUGGGCUGUAAAGCUCGGUAUCAAUCUCUUUUACAGUGCAAUACUCAGCCGCUCGCCUCUCUACAACAAGCAGAUGCCUUACAAUUCUGUCAUAUACAGUGCUUUUGGCUGCAGUACUCCGUCAAUAUCGUCUUCGGAAGCUAAGGUUCACGGUAAAGGAUUCGGUAGACAGAAAAAGUUGGUGAUGGCUGGUAAAUGGUGCGGCAAAGUCUGGAUGUCGAAUCAGGUUCAUCCGAUGUUGUUGCAUAGAGAUCACGAUGAAGAUGACAGAAUCGUCAAUCCUUGUUUGAAAUCAAAUGAGAAAGUUGUGAGAAAAUCGGAAGCUAUCCCGAAAGCUCAAACAUCCUAUAUGAAACGGAAGACCAAUAAGAGGAAGAAACCAAUGUCAGAGAGCAAGACGGUCAAGAAAAUGAAAUUUGAAGCAUCCGGGUUUGCAAAUUCCGAACCAGAAGAUUCCGUGGACGAUAAACCUGAGUUUGAAACAAGGAGAAGUGUGAGGAAAUCAAAAGCACAAUGCAGGUCUAUUAAGAGAGUAAAACACCAUGAAGAAGUCCAAGAUAGCAUCUCCGAGGAUUCACAGGACGACAUUAGUUUGCAUCAGGAACCUUUGAAAAGCGCUAGAGCUUCGAAGCGAGGAGCUAGACGAGCUCUGAAAGGACCGAAAGGCCAUCGUAGUGCUGCAGCCAUUGAAGGUUAUUCUGAUGAGGAUUCACCCAAUGAUAUGUCGCAUCAACGUGGACCGAGAAAUAGUAGUAGAAAAUUCAAGGCGGAGGUGAAAUCUACUCAGAAGGUAAAACCCCAGGAGGGUUUGGAUGGUGACUCCGAAGGAUUGCGGUCUGAUGAAUCCGAGCCAGAGGAGCAUGAGAGAAAUGUAAGGAGUUAUGCGGCGUCUCAGAGACGACUCUCGGUCCAUGAACAAUAUGAGCCAGCGACUGAAGAUGAGGAGGUUGAUGGUGGGCCAAGUACUCGUCUGAGGAAAAGAAUCUCGAGGCCCACGUUAAAGAAGAGGGAAAAUAAACCUGCAGUGAAGAAGCAAGUACCGAAUUCCAAAGGAAAGAAGGCUGCUCAUGUCACUAUGAAUAUAACACCUGCAAGAAAAGGUCCAAAGAUGAGGCUACCCGUAUCGAGAGGUCCAGCAAUGAAGGGUCCAGCCAGGAAGAAUCCGUCUUUCUCUACAGACGCAAACGUAGACAAAGAAGAAGACGAGGAUGAUGAAUUUACUUGUGAUAUUGAGGGUUGCUCCAUGAGCUUUGGUUCGAAGCAAGAGUUGGCCUCUCAUAAACGGAACAUAUGCCCCGUCAAAGGGUGUGGUAAGAAGUUCUUCUCACACAAGUAUCUAGUGCAGCAUCGGCGUGUUCACAUGGAUGACCGUCCAUUGAAGUGUCCUUGGAAGGGAUGCCGCAUGACUUUCAAGUGGGCGUGGGCACGCACUGAACACAUUCGAGUCCACACGGGUGCCCGUCCUUAUGUCUGCACCGAGCUAGAUUGUGGCCAGACAUUCCGGUUUGUGUCAGAUUUCAGCCGUCAUAAACGUAAGACGGGUCACUCGGCAAAGAAGACUAGAAAAUGAUUAAUUUAGUUGGGAUGUAAACAAAACUUAACAUUUCUUGUCAAGGAAUUUGUUUCUAUUGAUUGACCUUAGGUCUUGGUUCAAAUUUUUUGUUUAAUUGGGAUGUUACUUGGACUCUUCAUUUUGCUUCACGUAUCCGUGUCUGAUCCUUGAUGCUCGGACAUUGGUAUGGCAUUUAGAUGCAUAAAAUUGAAUAUUUAGAUGUAUCUGACACUUUUACACA